AUUUGAUCAAUGAAAGACUUGGUCAGAAGUCAUUUUUCUACUCACUUUGUCUCUGCUAACAUAUUCAGAGCGUGGAAUGUAAAUGAGUGGUAUCAAAUUGGACAAGUUUUCUUUUCCUACUGAGCAUUAGAAGGCAUGCCAAGACAUCACUGGAACUGCAACUUCCUGGAUGAUUCUUUGGGAUUGGGAUUUGAAGCAGUGGUACAAGCCCUACUACCAGAAUGCUGGCAGUGGAACUGGAGUUGAUCUUUCAGUACUAAAUGAGGCUCGGAGCAUGCUAACAGACCUCCUGACUGACCCAUCCCUUCCACCGCAAGUGAUUUCUUCCCUUCGAAGCAUUAAUAGUUUGAUUGGUGCUUUCUCAGGCACAUGCAGGCCAAAGGCUAACCCAUUCACACCAUUUCCUGGUUUCUUCCCCUGUCCUGAAGUAGACGAUCCUGCUGAAAAAGGAGAUCGAAAGCCACUCAAGGGAUUAAUUAGCAGGAAUAGCCUGCCAACACCACAGCUGAGACGAUCUUCAGGAGUUUCUGGUAUUCCACCUGUAGAGUCACCAUCUUCUAAAUGGGAACGGAGUAACAGUAAGAGAUCUCAUCAGGACUAUAAUGUGUCAAGCCAGGGAUCUCACUCAAAUGGGUCUUUUGGUGCAAACGUGUUGACGAUACCAAAACAGAGAUCAUCAUCUUUGACACUGGCUCACCAUAUAGGUCCCAGACGAGCAGGUGCUUCUCCUGGCCUGAGUCCAGUGGGUUCACCUACUCAUGGAUCUGUCUCCAGUGGCAGCUGGUCACCUGUAGAAUUUCCUGAUACUGCUGAUUUUCUUACAAAACCAAGCAUUAAUAUCAAUAAGCCUCCGACACACACAUUUAGUUCUUCGGAUUAUCAGCAGCAAGUUAAAACACCCGUGGGUUAUGUGUGUAGCAGCUGUGGACGUCAGAUACUCAAGCCUAUUCCAUCACUGGAGGAAGAAUUUGUGGAAUAUAAAGACAAAAAGUCAGGUGAAGUUGAAAGCGCUAGUCUCUCAAUAGAGUCUUUCCACCAUACAGAGGAGACAAAAGAUGAAAAGAAGGAAAUAAUUACUCAAAUACAAAAUAAUUCUCUUGUGGUGCAGAGUCCUAAAUUAGAAACGAUGAUAACAGAACAUGAUUCACUGAUGGAGAAAAUGAACAAUUGGAAUUUCCAAAUUUUUGACCUUGUGCAAGAAAUGGGAGACCAGUCUGGAAGGAUCCUUAGCCGGGUAACUUACACCUUGUUUGAAGACACUGGUUUGUUUGAGAUUUUCAAAAUCCCAAUAAAAGAAUUCAUGAAUUACUUCUGUGCACUGGAAAAUGGCUACCGAGAUAUUCCCUAUCACAAUCGUAUACAUGCCACAGAUGUUCUUCAUGCAGUAUGGUAUCUGACCACAAGACCCAUUCCUGGAUUUCAGCAAAUUCAUAAUGAGCAUGUACUGGCAACUGAUGUGGAUGAAGCUGGUGGUGGUGUUCCUGAUCAAGUCAGCUAUAUUUCUUCAAAAAGCUGUUCUGUUACUGAUGACAGUUACGGGUGCCUGGCAUCAAACAUUCCUGCCUUGGAACUGAUGGCUUUAUAUGUGGCAGCUGCCAUGCACGAUUAUGAUCAUCCUGGUCGUACAAAUGCUUUUUUAGUAGCUACAAAUGCACCACAGGCUGUUCUUUACAAUGACAGAUCAGUCUUAGAAAAUCACCACGCUGCUUCUGCCUGGAAUCUUUUCUUAUCACGACCAGAAUACAACUUUUUAUCAAAUCUUGAUCACGUAGAGUUUAAGCGUUUUCGUUUCUUAGUGAUUGAAGCAAUCCUUGCCACAGAUCUCAAGAAGCAUUUUGAUUUCCUUGCAGAAUUUAAUUCCAAGGCCAAUGAUAUCGACAGUCAUGGUAUAGAAUGGAGCAAUGAAAAUGAUCGCCUGCUUGUCUGUCAAAUAUGCAUCAAACUGGCAGAUAUCAAUGGCCCAGCAAAAGUUAGAGAGCUGCAUCUGAAAUGGACAGAAGGCAUUGUUAAUGAAUUUUAUGAACAGGGUGAUGAAGAGGCAAGUCUUGGAUUACCUAUAAGUCCUUUCAUGGAUCGUUCUUCUCCACAGCUUGCAAAACUGCAAGAAUCUUUCAUCACUCACAUAGUUGGUCCUCUUUGUAAUUCCUAUAAUGCAGCAGGGCUGCUUCCAGGGCGGUGGGUAGAUGAAGAGGAGGAUGCAGAAAGUAAUGAAGAUGAUGGAGCUCAGCUGGAGAGUGAUGAUGAAGAAAUAGAAGAUGAUCUCAUUUUAAAAACUCAAAGAAAAAAAGGUAGAAGAAUAUUUUGUCAGCUAAUACACCAUCUCAGUGAAAAUCACAAAAUAUGGAAGAAAGCGAUUGAAGAAGAAGAAAAAGCUGAAGGAGCUGAACUGCUAACAGAGAUCUCAUCUUUACCUCAAGCAGAUGAAAUUCAGGUUAUUGAGGAAGCUGAUGAAGAAGAUGAGCGGCAACUAGGAGAAGAAAAGACAUGCUGAGUAAACUCCAGUUGUGUUCAGUACGAUGAUAGGAAGUUCAAUUUUUUUUUUCACUGUGCAGACUUCAGCCUGAUGCAUUUCACUUAAAAUUGAAAGGCCUUAAUACUGUGAGAGGAUUCUUUCUGCUCCAGUGGAAUCCCACUCCUAUGCACUUUUACCAGACAGAAUACAAAACUUUAUUCUAAAAUUAAGUAUUGUAUAUCCAGAUGCAAAGUUCUUUAUGCCUUAGUUGGUAUAAAAUAUCCUGAUACAAUGCUGCCUUGCUGAAUAUGGAACUCUUAUUUUCCUCAAGGUACCUACGAUUUUUAGAUGCAUUCAGUGACUUCAGUUACCAAAGUGGCAAGAACUUUUUGCUAACAAGGAUAUGUUUGAUGAAUUCUAAUAUUGUCUUGAGUUGUGUAUUUCAUGUUGUUUUUGAACAUGAAUAAGAAAAAUUCUGUGCCUAUAUGAAAACCAUAUUCCUGUUGCAGUACAAGCCUGUUGUGGGGUGUCUACUUUAGUGCAAUCGCGUGCUUAAUGUAGUCAUCUCAGAGCAACUGUUCAAGGACUGUGACAGAAAUGCUGAAUUUUGAUACUUGUGGUUUAAGAAAAGAAAAAAAAUCAGGUGCAUCUAUUUAUGAUGCUUUUUAUUCUUGUGCAUAAUCUGAUGGUUUGGGUUUUUUUUGCAGAAAAUAUUCAGGUUUGCAGUGGGUAUUCGUUGAAUAUGAGGCCAUUAUCAUCUGUAGCCUUGCUGUUUUGUGGUAAAACAUUAAAAAUCUGUUCAGCUACUUAAA